GUGCCAUUCAAUUCAUUCACUUCGCUUGCAUUUAUCGCAUUUAUCAUAUAUCGCAUUAUUUGCUUGUAAGCAGGCAUUAGACUAAAUCAAGCUAUUUACGAUAUGUUUAAAUGUAAUAUAUUUUAUUCUAAAGAAGCAUGAUGCAGUCGACGACAGAGGAUUGCUUAAAUAUCGCCGAGUUGGCUAACCAGCUGACUCGAGAGAAGAUAUUUAUAAGUUCAGAAAGGCAGUUGCUGCAGAACCUUAACGAGGAAGUGGAGAAGAGUGCCUUAGAAUUGCUACAGGCUGCCUGGAUAUGCUCUCAACAACGACAGAAUCUCACGGACCUGAUAAACUCACGGUGUGAGGCAGACUCGGUCGCGGCCUGCCAGAGGGCCAACUCCCUCGAAGGCACCACCUUCAUAGACGUAUACAAAGUACUAAAAUACAAGGAAGCCUUAGCCCUAGGUGAACUGCUAGGAUGGCUGCGCGACUCCCCGCAUCUCGUCUCCCUCUGCCUUCUCCUGGGGGAAGAACACAUGCCCCCCACUCUACCGUGCGCGCUAGUAGCCGGGCUCUACGGCAGCUGCCGUCUCCCGGCCGACCGGACGCGGCUGCUGGCCGUGAUACGGUCGCUGCUCAAACACCAACUGGCAACGUCCAGCGAUCCUAGGAAAUUGUUCCGCUCCGGCAAAUGUGCGCUAGCGUCUCUAUACGGCGUGUUCCGAGACGGGCACGCGCCGGCGCGGCAGUUCCUGGUGGCGGCGCUCAACGCGCCCGUCAUGGCGGCGCUGCACGAGGACGAGUUCUUCCUGGACAUCCACCCCGACCGCGCCAUGGAGCGAUUCUCUCCCCAAGACCGCGUAAAGAAGUUCGGCCAGUCCAACACAGCGGAAUACAACGCCAAAGUAGCGCGCUAUCGCAAAUGGAUCGUGCAGCGUCUGUUCCAACUCACCAGCAAAUUCAUUACUUCGCUGCGCGAACAUUGGGCUAACUUCCCUGCGUCUAUAGCGUGGUUGAUUCAGCAGAGCGUGCAUCUCAUCAAACAGCACUCGCGAAUACCAGAAAGCGAGCUGCACGGUCUAUGCACGGACCUCGUGCUCAACCACUUCAUCUGCCCCGCGAUCCUGAACCCCGAGGCGCACGGCGUGGUCGACGCGCCCGUGUCGUACAUAGCGCGCACUAAUCUCAUGCAGAUCGCGCAGAUACUACAGGUUCUGUGCCUCAGCAAACACACUGAGGUGGACCCUAAGCUCACGGACCUGUACUCGUUGUUCCCGCGGCCGUGCGUGUGGUCGCUGGUGGACGGCGUGUGCGGCGACGCGCUGGCGCCGCGCGCGCCCGCGCCGCCCGCCGACGCGGCGGCGCCGCGCACCGACGCGCCGUGCGCGCCCGCCACCGCGCUCUACUCGCAGCAGGACCUACACCACCUGAUAACUUUCCUAAAGCGGAUAUCCUCGAAGCUGAACAACAAUACACCGAGCGUGACGUCGGAGGAGAUGUCCAGCGGCUCUGGGCCCGCUGACUCAGCUGCUUAUAGUAGUGAAUCCGGCAGCGACUCGUCCACCUCAGAUGCCUGCGCGUCUAGCCUCGCCGCCCUUCUGCAGACCAUGGAGCCCAACUACCGCAGCAGGCUGCACGACCUGCUCAGGAAGAUGCCGGACUUGAGCAAGCCGAGACAAUCUCCGCCUCAACCCGCAGACGCGGCAGAAACACAAAAGAAGAGUAUUCUGGCGAAAGUGCCUAAACCUCGGCUGCCUCGCAGCGGCAGCUCGAACACGUCACUCGCGACCGAGACAUCGGAACCCGAGCUUGAGGUGUACGUCAUACAGAUGGCUCGGCAGGAUGAGAGCGACUACGUCGGUCUGGUGCCCGAGUCGAAGGUCCUGGAGUGCUACUGCGGGGGCUCGGAGGGCGACGCGGAGGACGCGGGCUCCGCGCUGGCGGCCGCGCCCGGCGCCCCCGUGCAGAAACGGACGAGAUUCUCAGUGUCCCACGAUGAAGUGUCGUUAGGGAACACGUCGGACAACUUGGAAGCAGUGUCGGAGGCCGCUUCCAACCACAGCGUGACGUCCAGCUUGGAGUUGGAGACCGAAGAUCAGAAUGAUAAUCUGUCCGAUAUGGUAUCGGCCAACGUGAGCGGGCGUGGAAGCCCGAACAUCUCGGGACGGGAGACGCCAUCUUCCCAAGUCACAGACGGAGACGCGGCGGGCGAGCCGGCUAGACGGUUACCGCAAAACGUCCCAGUGAGCCAGGCGAACAGCGCGCAGGCCAAGCUGCUGAAACAGACCAGGAACGAUAUUGAAGACAAGUUCUGCAAGUUCGAGAUCAAGAAACUCCUGGAAGGCGACGAAACUGUAAGCAUCAUGUCCGACACGUGGAGCACAGACGUGCUGGCGUCCGACUCGGAGACCAUCGGCGACUCCUGCGACCACACGCUAGUCGCCGUUAAUCAGAACGUAGUGGCUAACACAAAUGCGCCAGACGUCUCCGAAACGGCGAGCGAGUCCGCGUGGUCCAUGGACGUUCUCGCGUCGGACAGCGAUCGGAACACAGAGGUUGACACGGACGACUGCGUGUCGGUGGCGGCGCGGUCCGACACCUCGUGGCCGAGGAGGCUUUCGCAGCAGGAGGAGCAAGUGCCUAUCAAACAAAAUCAGCAAAACGGCGCGUACAAAAAACCGGAGGUGAGCAACAGCCCGAAGCACACGCCGCGUCCGUACCUACCGAACAGGUCCGGCAGCGGAUACCUAAGCGCCACAGCCCAACUGUCACGCGGCGCAGAGCUGGACCUAGGCUCCACGGCGGCACCCAUUUACCCCGAGAACAGGAAGAGCAUACUCGUCAAUGGAUACCCCGUGAUGACUUGCUACGCGACGUCGGCCCCCGAGAGCCCCGGGGCCGCCGCGCCGGCGCCCCUGCCCAACGAGUUCGACUACGGGCCGCAGAACGGCGAAACCAGCCAAUCAGAGUCCACGUUGGAGGGCGCUGCCAACAGCCAAUCGGACGCGACCAGCCAAUGGGUGGACGACUCGUUCCCCCCUACCCACCACUCGCCCGAGCGGCCGUUCCCCCCCUGCAAGUACGACAUGCCCAGCACGUCCAAAACUUACGAAGACAACGAUAUCAUGGACAGAUCUCUAAACUCCAGCGAGAGCUCGUUCAACGCGCUCUCCGUCUCCCAAUACGACCGGCGCUUCGACUCGGGCAUCGACACCGAACGAAACGAAGACCGGUCCGCCAUCACCGACCUCAUGACCAGGAUGUCGUCCGCUACCAUAUCCACUUCUGCGAACCUGGUCAACAAUGUGUCCAGGAUUGUGAAGUCGGAGAUAAGGACCAGUAUUGUUAGCAUAUCGUCUUCUAGGAUCGAAAAGAAGCGCGAUACAUCGAACAUGUCCCUAAGUACGCUGUCAGUCAACAGCGAAACGUCAGUGUCGGACCGCAGCUCGAGCCAGGACGUCAACUCCGAGAACGUCACGGAGCGGCGAGUGAGCCCCCCGCCUGUGAAGCCCGCGUCCACUGGAGCCAUACCUAAGAGCAUCAGCUUCGAUGCUACAGCUGAGAAGAGUCAGAGACGGCGUAUAACAGAAGACAGUCUCGUCGGCAACCUGGACGAGUUGAAAAACAACGUGAAACGCUCGGGCGGCAACCUGCUGCACAAGAUCAAGAUGUUCAGCCGGCCCAAUAAGGGCCGCUCGCACCAGCACCCUAACGACAUAAAAUUAGCCGAGGAGGAAGCCCUCCGCGAAGACGCGCCGCGCGCGGAGCCCGCAGAGAGCUCCGACGACAUCCUCGCCAAGUACCGCCGCAAGAGCUCCACGGACUCGCGGCGGCGCGCCCAGCGGCGCGUGUCCGACGUGCCGGACAUCGCGGACAGAUGCGAAGGAGUACUGGAUCUCAACGACCCCGAGGUGUUCAACAGCAUGAAGAAGAAACUGCGGCUCGUGCUGUCCAACCCUGAGCUGUUGUGUACAGAAUACGUGCCCAAUCGCUGCACAAGCACAUCCCUAGUGGAAUGGAUGCGAGCCGCCGCCGCGGCCGCUUCCGAAACCGGCGCGUCCGCUCAAGCGGCCGAAGUGGCUCGAGCCUUAGCGGCGUCGGGCGCUCGCUGCGAGCGACUAGCGGCAGCUUUGCGGGCAGAUCUAGAUGCGAGACGGCCGUACGCCAAGUAUUUGGCUAGCUGCCGGUCUGCGUUGACGCAUACGCUUCACGCGCUCAGACGACAAACCAUCCAAGUCCGCGCGGAGUGCUCGGCGUGCGCGCGCGCCGCCGCGGCCGCGCGCGUGCUGCAGCAGCUGGAGCGCGGCAACUCGCUGCGGCGGCUGGCGCGCCACCACUCCGCGCACAACAACCACGCCACCGUCAAUGGAGAGCUGAUGGACGAGAAGGCGAAAAGACUGAUGGCCAACAUUAAGACCCUGAUCGCCGAAGUCAAGGCGGACCCCUCAUGGGAAGGAGCGCCGGCAACGUCCAUAGAGGUGCUGGAGCUGACCGUGGAGCGCGCCGCGUUCGCCCGUCUCUACCUGAACGUGCUCUUUCCCAUCGGCGAGGGCGACUACGGGCGCGACCAAGUGCUGUCGGAGCACAUCCGGCGGCUGGGCGCGGGCAUGACGGCGGCGCGCGCGGGCGUGAGCGCGCGCCACCUGUGGGCGGCGCCGUACGCGCGCGCGCAGCUGCUGCUCACGCACCUGCCCGUCUACCGGACCCCGAGGGACAAGCUGCAGUGCGUCAUGCGGUGCGUGACCUGCGUCAUGGCGGUGCUCGGGCUGACGGAGGGCUCGGCGCCGUCCGCCGACGACCUCACACCCGUCAUCGUGUUCAUUAUACUCAAGGUGAAUCCCCCCUCCCUCUUGUCCACGAUCGACUUCGUGAACUCGCUAGGCGGGGCCGCGCUGCAGGGCCCCGCGCUGUACUGGUGGACCCACUUCUGUUCCGCCGUCGCCUACAUCAAGACCAUGGACUACGGGGACUCCUAGCCCGCUGCGCGGCCCCAGAAUGGGCGUGGGAAGAAAUCAGGAACGCAGUGGUAUCCCGUUCUUCGUAGAGAAAGGGCUCACACUAUAUGAUUAUUAUAGCUAUGUUUGCUUAUUCGGACACAAUGUAUGUACUCUGGCCACAUACGACGGCAUCUGUAAAUGAUAGUUUUGUAUCAAGUUACUCACUGAACUGUAGUUACAGAUCAAUAGAUGAAGCAUAUACAGGCCUGUGCACACUGGAUGCGUGUGCGGACACAUACGCGUGCGCGUUGUAAUAAACAGAUCGUUAUGAGCGACGGCACACGGCUUGCGUAACGUGUGCUUGCUACGCAUACUCAGCUGAUGUGCUCUGUCUUAACACGUGCGUUCACCACACAUCGGUGACCCAUACUACAGAUAUCCAAGUCGCGGAAAGUUUCGGAAAUUUCUAGAAAAUAAUUAGCAACUAAAAUAAUGCCUGUGUGUGGCCCGUAUAUUAUAAAAAAAAUGCCUUACAUCACCGACAACAUGUACAUCACUAAGCAUCACGGAGGUUUUAACGCAGGGUAAGACGUUAGUGAGCUAUGGAGUCGACAUUGGCAAUAAAAUUAAAGUUAUAUUCAUACUCAUCGAAUUAUUGAAUUAGUGAUUUUAAUAUAAUCAAGAACGUCGAAGAGUUUAUAAACGAUCCUUUAAUUUUGUCUUUAAGUAUAUACUGGGAUGGGUCAUUUUUACUUUUUUAUGAUUAUUAGGGAGCAUUUGAUGAUUAAUUAUUUCUUAUAUUUUAAUUUUACUGCCAUACGGAUUUUAGUUUAAAAUUUCGUGUCUCCAUACAUUUUAUGGACAUUGUGAAGAAAAAAAGUUUUUUUGGGAUACUCUUUUUGAUUUAAUUGGCUCUGAACCUUUACCAUGCUAUAUGGAGGCAGUUAUGGUAUAUAUUUUAAACUAAAGUUUGACAAAAGAGAAUGCAUAGAUGUACUCCGCAAAACAAAAUGUAAUAAUAGUAACAGUAUUUAUAUGAAAAAUUUGUAAUGGAUCCGGAGGCAAAAAAACAUCAAUUCCGAUUGCAAAAUCCUUUAAAAUACUGUUUAUUAGCUGUCUAUAACUAUGCCCGAAGAACAACUUUUUUUUCUCCAUACUUGCGUGACCCACCCUUGUAUAUACCUAAAUAUUACAAAUAAGAUCUUUUUUGUAUGAAUUAAUUUACACUCAUUUUAUUUUUACCUUUUUAUAUUGUACACAUUUUAUUUUUACCGCUUUUAUAUAUAAAUAAAUAAAUAAUAAAUAAAUAUUAUAGGACAUUAUUACACAAAUUGACUAAGUCCCACAGUAAGCUCAAUAAAGCUUGUGUUGAGGGUACUUAGACAACGAUAUAUAUAAUAUAUAAAUAUUUAUAAAUACUUAAAUACAUAGAAAACCCCCAUGACUCAGGAACAAAUAUCCAUGCUCAUCACACGAAUAAAUGCCCUUACCAGGAUUUGAACCCGGGACCAUCAGCUUCGUAGGCAGGGUCACUACCCACUAGGCCAAACCGGUCGUCACAUAUACAUUUUUUUUUUCAAUUAAAUUUCGUAUUAUAAGCAAUACCAAAAAUGGUCAUUAUUCUUAUUUGUAAUAUUUAUAUACUCAAAGACAAAAUAAAAGGAUCGUCUUAAACUCGUCAACUCUCUUAUCCUUGAUUAUAACAUUAAAGUCACUUAUUCAAUAAAUUAAUGAGUAUGAAUAUUAGUUGAAUUUUAUUGCUAAUGUCGACUCCAUAGCUCGCUGAUGUCUCCCCGUGCAAUAAAUACUCCGAUGUCUAUACAUCACAAAUACAUAUGUACGUUUGUUACGAGCUAUUGUAAGUAGACCAGAGUACUGUUGUGUACCAUUUUAGUGCACUCAAGUGUAAUAUGAAGUGAUGAUUCGGUAACUGGGACGACAACUGCAUUUAUCGUUUUUUUAACUAAAAAUGGUUUUGCUGUUGUUUGAUGACUAAUUAAUAUAAGUGUAACCAUUAAGUUAUUAUGUUUUGUGAAGUUUUAAAUGUAAAAUCAUUAUAAGUAUUUUUGUUAUGCCUAAAUCGAAAUCGACCAUUUUUUUAAUGUCCGGGAAUAUUUUACUAUCGCACGUAAUUGAAAUUGAUUAGAGAAAAAAACCCUGAGUUAUGUUAAUGUUAUAAAUCAAAUCGAUUUUAUUUCGUGCCAGUUUCCACGUCGUCACAUGAGAGUGGGCAAGAGCGAGAGGCUUACUCUCAAUAUGGCAGUCCCCCUCGCACUCUAGUAUUAAAACACCAUGUUGAACACGAAAUAAUAUGCUACGACUAAAAAGUUUUUAUUGAACAAAUAUACAAAUAAUGCAAUUAAGAAAAUUUUAAUAUGGCUCGCCACCAUUGACGACCGUAAGUAAACAAAAACAUAGUUGAAAUUUUAUGUCUUCAAUAAUUUAUCUAACUUGUCUUGUCUUAUUUUUCAUUUAACUUGUCUGUGUACGAUAAGGAAUAAGGAUUUAAUCGACAAAUUGACAGAUCGAUAUAUACAUUUGUGCUUUCUCUCGCGGAAAGUUCGUGUCAUCCACGAUGGCGCGCAGAUUUAUCAAAUAUAACCUUUAAUAACAUGUCAUUAGGAGUCAAGGCACUCGUCGUGAAUGACACGGUCUAUAAUCAUGUGCUAGCCGUGCUUAUAUCAAAGGUUAAUUCCACUGUGUAACUAAUUUUUGCGCUAUACACCGUGUGCAAAUUCAAUUUGCCAGAUUUUAAAGAUGUAUUCUUGACUGCAUUUAUUUAUUUAUUUAAACUUAUUACACUAAAGAAACGUACUGUACAAAAGGCAGACUUAAUGCCAAAAUGCAUUCUCUACCAGUCAACCUUAAGGUGAAGCAGAGAGAUUGUGUGCAGAUUUAGAGUCUAAUAAGAAAAAAAAGUUUCCUAACAUCGAUCUAGUUUUAGAGAUAAUGAUAAUUCUGACAGACAUUAAACUCAUGUUUUUUUUUUAAAUUAAAAAUAACUUUUCUUAUUCGUUGUAAUGAUUUUAUUCACCAAGGUGUACAAAUAAAUAAGGUGUCGUAUGCAGAAAACGCAAAAAAGGCGUAUUUGACCAAAAGUCACUGAACAUUUUUUGCUCCUUGUGAUCACAGGAAUGCGUCGUCAAAAUCUUUCGGUUUAAUUGGCCCACGUUACGUUACACAACGGACACAAUUAUAUUGUGGACGAAUUAAGGCUCAAUACAGUUCUUAAUUAGUCUACAGUGACUAAUGCUGUUGAGUAACGAAUGUUACAUAGGUCAUUAGAUAAGCUUUGUAAUAAACAAAUAUGAAACAAAGAGGUGGCCUGUCAUAUAUACUUUUUAAAACUAUAUUCCCAUACACAAUGAUUGGCUGGAAAACAUUUACUUAAUUUUUAAAUUUACUUAUUAAAAAAUCUAAACUUUGUAUGAUAUAAAAAUAUUGUAUAAAAUACGCGUAAAUCGUCCUUAGCCCACGCCGACGUUUUUUUAAGUUUAAAUCUAUUUUUUAAUAAGUAAAUUAAUAAAUUAAGUAAAUGUUUUCUGGACAAUCAUUGUCUAUGGGAAUAUAGUUUUAAAAUCUUUGUUUCAUAUUUGUCUAUUGCAAAACUUAUCUAGUGACCUACGUAUUGCCUAUUGUAACAAUUAUGACUAAUUUACGUUGCACAGUGGAAAUUAUGGACGUAAAUUAUGCUUUUUAA